AUGGAUCAAAGUCAGCUCGAAGGCCGCGGCGACUUGCGUGUUGUGGGUUGCAGGUGUUCGCUUUUCAACGAUCCGGAAAAAAGCCUGGAGAUCAAUAGCGGUAAACUACUGGUGCCUUGGGCAAAUAACUCGAACCUAACUAUUGACCGAUUUGAUUGCCGAGGCUACUUGCAAGACGUCACCGAGUACGAUGCGGACAGUAUCGUGCAAAGAUUAGGAAGUCAAACUGCUGAAGACGCGGACCUAGAGGAAAUGUGUAACUACGAGCGUUACCUCGAAUUGCAGACCGACACCCACGAUGUGGCAAUUUUACAGGGAGACAAUCCAAACAAGGAGACGGAGGGGGCAAUAGGCACAUACACAACUGUUGGUUUCUCUUACGACGAAAAUGAGUCAGAAGAACACAAAGUAGCUCAGGAUUUACCAAACUCCAAGGCAGCUAACGUUGGCCCUGACAAAAAUGAGACUUCAAAGGAGCAUGUCUGCGAACCGUAUAUUUGUCCACCGGAUCUAGUUCUUCCUUCGGGUGUAGUUUUGCCUGAUUUUGAACGGCAAGCUACGAUAAUAGAGAAGACAGCUGUCUUCAUCGCUCGGAACAAUGCUCAAAUGGAAAUAGUUAAUCCCGAUGAACCAUAUGAGAUAAAACUGCCCAAGAUUGAUAUAUCGAAGACCGCAUAUGCAUCCCUCAUCAAACGACUGAAUCCCAAUCACAGUUCUGUCAACUAUGCAGAAAGCGAUGAUAGACGUUUGGUGCCAGAUAUCCAAAGAAAUACUUCUGCUGCUGAAACAAUGGAGGCAAGAGAAUCGUCUGAAUUUUCGCCAUUGUCGGAGGCUGACUACGAGCAUUGUUAUCAAGAGUAUUAUCGGUACUACUAUCCACACUACUACACGCAUUUCUUGAAGGGUGACAAUGCUGAAUCUGCAAAUGAGUCCUAUCUUGUGGCGGAAUCCGCUCGGGCAGCCGCUACUGCGGCUUCGGCGGCUGUCAACGCCAUGCGACAGUCCUAUCUAGCUUCCAAGUCCGGUUUCAUAUCUCCCCCAUCUGAUCUUCGGGGAAUUAUUGACAAAAUGGCAGAGUAUGUCGCUCGCAAUGGGGAAGAAUUUCAAGAAGUAGUAAAGAAGCAGAAGCAGAAUGACACUCGUUUUGCUUUCCUGCAAACGGGGCAUAUUCAUCACGACUACUAUCUUGCAAAGAAGAAGGAGUUUGUUGCAAAAGCGUGCCCAAGCAUGCGAGGUGAGACGAGGUCGCCAAACAUUGAAGUCGAUCGAGAUCCUAAGCAUGCGACAUUGAAGCAGGAAAAUAACAGCCCUACUGUGGCUCGCAACAAAAGUAUCUCCUUUCGCCUGAUUAAGUCGGUCAGUUCGAGCCGCCUAAAAGGUAUGGAUGAAUCCAGUCCCUCUCCAGCUGCAAGUUGUGAAGAUCCCUCCAUCCUACGUACAUCCUCCUACAGCGUCCUCCCCGGCAUGAGUAACUACUCCUCCGCAAGCGAUAUUGAGGAGAAUAAUGAAAAGGACCCACCUAAUUUCUCUCCAUCAUUGAAUACUCAUGACGGGGAGUCUAUGGAACGGACAUUUGUUACCGUCCUGGAGGUUCCGAACGCUUCCUUACCAAACGGAUCACAAUGGGAGGCUACCACUACAUUAUCAUCCUCGGGAAGGUCUCCCACACCACCUUGCUCAUCCAGACAUGAUACUACACCAAGUGUCUUUCCUACAACCGUCGACGGCGCUCCCAAGGCCGUGAGCACGACCAUCCUCACUCCGGAGGAAAUCGCACGCGACAUCCAGUCGAUGGAGGAGCAGGCGCGGUUGCAGUUGGAGCGACGCAAACGUGCCGCUCUGUUCGCGGCCAAACUGCGGCAGUCAAAAUUGAUGAAGGUAGAGCGAGAGGUGGAGGAGGAGGGAAAACACAGCAGGAUGUCUAGCCACCUCACACUGUCCCCGUCUCAAUCAAUUAUACUGCAAACAGCGACUGCCGCGCCACCCCCUCCCCCCUCUUCCGUGCCUGCUGCAGUCGCACACGCUGUUGUGGCGCAACUGAAGACACAACGCGAACGAGCUCUAGAGGCUGCUGCUGCCGCCGGUGAUGAAAGGAAGAAGGCAUGCUCUCCCAUUCCAUUUUAUGCUUAUUUGUUAAACUGGUGUCGUACUAUGUCUGGCUCCAUCGGGUAA